GGGAGGCGCCAUUGAAUGGCGCCACAGCUGAGGGAGACAUGUGUGUUAACCAAGGUAAAGCUGGAAAGCGAGCUGAACGAGUGGGAGGCUGACCGUGCCCUGGCUGGCAUGUAAGGCGCCAUGGCACUUCGGCUCGGCUAGGAGGACAGCGCCUGGAUCUUGCUGGGAGUGUCUUCUCAGGAACUGACCAAAGGAGAUAGCGUCUCUGGGUUCUCCCAGUAUGGCGAGAUUGUUAACAUGAAUCUCACGCGGGCCGGAAGACAGACAAGUUUCAAGUUCAGUUUUACCCGCUACGAAGACCAGUCGAGUACAGUUUUGGCCGUUGACAAUUUUAAUGGACGCAGGUCCCUCACGUAUUCCGUUAACAGCCCCCGUCAGCUUCAGAGGGUGCGGGUGACGUGACCAGAGAGCUCUGGGGGAAGGGCUCUGGGGCUCAGACCCCCCUCAACGAGUCCAUCUGAAAUCCCCAGUGACAAAACUCUCAGAACAGCACAAAUUAGAAAAACAGAAAAGAAAGAAGACCACAAAGAAGGCUGCUGUGUGAGUGAAAGAUGAAGUGGGACAGACUGAGCAGCCAGCGUUCCUGCCCCCCGGAGACCACAUUAAAAUGGACAAGAGCGUCCCAGGUUCCUUCUUAAACCUGCCCCGGAUUUGCAAAAGGUUAAAAGCACUGACCCAGAUAACCUCUAUAGUCUGUUAUAGUUCAAGCUUCUCAGGCUACAGUGGGAGAAUUUCAGCCAACGUAGAGGGGAUUUACUGCUAUCAUACAGUUUUUCUUGAAGGCUCCACGGACAGCUUAUAUGAGCCAGUCCCAGAGCAGCAGACUAACCAAGAAAGCACCUCUGUUGGGACUGGUUUUGUUAUCUCACCUUUUGGAGAGAGUGGAAAAGCACACGACAAUUUCUUCAUGGAAGUUUCUGACUUUGAGAAUGCACAACCAGAAAGAAAGUCAAUCCGGAGAGCUAUGUCUGAAAACGAAGGAUUUGAAAGGAAAACAGUGAGGGACACAAUCUGGCAGGAACCCCACAAGCCUGAGAAUGAUUCCCACAUCAGAAAACUCUGUCAGCUAAAAGAUCUAAAUGAAGAUGAUUUUCUUUUGAGUAAUAACAUGCAUACUUUUCAAGGGAAAAAACCACAAGGCAUUUCCUGUCAGGGGCACAUCAUUAAUAUGAAGUUCAGUUAUCCUGGUCUGUAGCACCUUUCUCCGUAUCAAGUGAGAGUCAUUUUCACAAAGAAGGCAGAAGGAGAAGGCAAUUUCUGAUUUCAGUGUUUCAACGGAGCAAUUAAGCAUCGGCUGUGAUAGGAGGAGGUUGCCAUACGAAAGAAGUACAACAAAGAAAAUUAUCGUGCUCAAUGGUUGUGCCAUGUCAGCUUAUUAUUUCUGGAAGGGCCUCAAGAUGAGAAAAUGACUUGUCUUGAGUUACAGAGCCUGGGAAACCAAGUAAGUCAGAAAAUACU